GUGGCUGGGGUCAGGGGAGCCCAUCUCUGCCUCCUUUCCAGGGCCUGUGGUCCCACACUCCUCCCAUGCGGACUCUGGGUCCCCUUGGCCUCAGCAUCCAUGGGCAGGCUCUGGUGCUCUUGGUUGGGAGUUCCCAGAGCAGACUGCCAGCAGGGAGAGGGCAUUGCUACAGUGCCCAGCUGGCCCGGGGGUGUAGGGUGCUGCAGUCCUGCCUGACCUCAGGCCAGAGUGGGCUCAAGGUCACACCUGCACCUGGGCACCCAGGUGCCUGAGAGCCGACCUGUGGCCUCAGCGGGGUUUGGUGUGAAGGGAGGCAGCUUCCGAGGAGCUGAGGUCUGUCACCCAGGGAGGGGCUCUGCCCUUCCCCCCAGCCCAGCCCAGCCCUCCUGACUGCUCCCUCCGGACACGCCAAGGCUAGGGAGGCCCAGCCUUCUUCCCAGGCCUCUUCCAGCCCCUGCCUAGGCUCAGGAGGGCCCCGUGGGCUCUGGCCAGGUGAGGGGGCGACAGCCAUCCGUCUUGUGCUGACCUCCAAGAUGUGGGGAGCAGGCCAGGCCUUGGUGUCUCUUCCUGCCCUCUGCCAGGGCAGCUGGAGUGGGAGGGGACACUGCGGCUGCUGGCCUGCCUGGGGAGGGGAUCAGAGGCCAAGGCUGAGCUGUGAGGUCCCCACCUGCUGCCACAGCUCCGGUAGGGCAGGGUGUCCCCAGCCUGCCGUGGGGCCGAGCAGGCCACCCUCAAGGCCAUGGCCCUGGCGAGGCUGGGUCCUGCACUGGCCAGGCCCUGCCCCCGCGUGGCCAGGCUUAGAAGUGGAGAGCAGGUCAAACACCAAGGAGCCUCAGAGCGAAAAGGUGACACCGGGAAAGCCACCCGCCCAGCACAGGAGGCCAUCUGUGUCCCUGCCUGGCAGAGGCUUUGAGGGGACUUCAGGGAAUGAGCAGGGCAAAUGUGCCCUGAAGGAGAGAGGCAGCUGCUAAGAGCUCCAAGGUAGCUUUCAGACCAACUCAGGCUCUAGGGCGUCCAGACUGACAGUGACCUCAGACCCCUCGCUGUGGGUGGAAGUGCUGACCCCCAGUGACGUCCCCCAGCAGGCAGUGAGGUGAGGGCAGCUGGCCAGCAGCUCCCGCAGGACAGAGGGCCAGCGGCACAGGAGGGAGAAGGAUUUUCACGGGAAGGAGAGGGAAGCCAGACUGAGACCACUCCCCCAAGAAGGUGGCUGGGGAGAAAAGCAGCUCAGAGAGGACAGUGGGUGAGGGGCUCCUAGCCCCAGAGGUUCCCCAGGAAGCCCAGUACUCCCAGUUCGCACACCCACUCUGGGAGACAGGGGCCCUUCCCUAGGUCUGAGCUGCUAGGCGGCCCCUCCCAGCCCUGCGGCUGUGGGGAAUGGAAGCCCUGCUGGCCAGAGGUGCUGACCAGGUUCUUGCCUUUCCCUCCCUUUCCUCUGUGCCCCUUAAAUUCAGUCAGUCCUUGGGCACUCAGCACCCUUGGGGAGGGGGCUCUGUGGGAUUUCUGGUCAAGUUUUGCUCAUCCGCUGCUGGUUCCUAUCUCGGUAGCAGAGUCUGCAGAGGAACUUUCCCCAGAGCUCUGGGAUGGCUGCACAGGGGUCCCCUGAGGAACCCAGCUCAACCCCUACACAGACGCUGUACCCCACUGAGGCGAGAUGAGGGGAUCCAUCUAGGGGGCACCCUCCAGCCCCACUUUUGGUAGAAAUGAGCCCCAGAUUUCACCCAGAGGCUGGAAGGGGCCCCGGAAGAGCUGAUGUGGUCCCCACUGCACAGAGGCGAAAACUGUGGCAGUCUGUGGGUCAGAGCCUCCCUGGCCUCCUCUUGGGUCUGAAAUGGUUGGGGUGGGGCUUGGACCCCCCAAAGGGCCAUUUCCUCCUACCCAGGCCUCUGAGACUGCGCGGUGGCGGCUUCCCCAGCGAAAGCCUCACCUGCCCCGGGCGCCCCACACCCGCUUUGCCCCCUUUCCCUCCCUCGGAACUGAGCUUCCUUCCAGGAAGGACGUGGGUCCUAAUUUCGGGUCCCAGUUGGGCCCUCCUAGUGCUCGGGAGUGGGUGCCGGGAGAGGCCGAUCAGGGAGCACCCAGUCCGGACUUCCCGCAAUGGAGCCCAGAGGCCGAUUUCCAGCAGACCUCACACGUGCUCUGCUCAGAAGCCCAGCUGUCCCCGCUGGGGCCGGGCUGCUGUGGCUGCCUGGUGUUGUCAGAUGCGUAGGGUGUGCCGGGCUUGGGUGCUGCCAAGUGCUCUCAGAGGGUCCCGAGGGCAGGUGGCUCUAUUCGGUUUGUUUGCGUUUGUUUUAAGAGUUGGAGGCUGCAGACUGGACCCCUUUUCCUCUCCCAUGGGUCCAGGCGGGACCAGCUCCCAGAGCGCGGGGAGCUCAGAGGAGGCUCCGAGCUGCCUGCCUGCGGCAUCCUGCACGGAGCAGUCAACGGAAUCCGUUUCCCACACUUUCCCUCUCCGUCCCAGGACUGUUAAAUAUUCGCCAACAAAUCCUGUCGUUGCGCUGGCACUGCGUGUGCUCUCCUGCCACAGGCUCGCUCCACGCCCCACCGUGUCCAGCUGGGGAGACCCUUGCCUGGUCUCCGUCCGCCCGUGUCACUGUCACGGGGCACCGAGGAACUCCACAGGCCACAGCGCCCUGUGUGCACCUGGCUCGGAGGCCCACAGCCGCGCCACCGGAUGGCUGCCCUCCUAGAUGCACCCACUGCCUCCCCUUCCUGCGCCCCGCUCGGGCAAGGCCCUGACAGCAACGAAAACUGGGAGCAGAAGCGCUGGCUCGCACGGCCAGGCAGCCUGGACCGAGGAGCCACAGGGUGGGAGCAGACUCCAAAUCAGCGCCCGCGGAAUCCACAUCUCCUGUUGGGCUCUGGACCAUGAACUGGUUUGGAAAUCAAAAUUGUCUCUGUGGCUCAGUACCCUGCAGGUGUCACCAUGCAGAAGGGUCCCCUUCGGCGACCUGGGGCCAGGUGCCUGGCCCUGUAGAGAUCCUUGGGGUUGGCAGGAGAGACCCGAGGGUAGAAAUGCCAGGCUUUGGCGGGGCAGAGGGAGUGCCUGGACAAGGUCUCUAGGUGCCCAGGACCACUCUCUGCCCACCUUGUCCUUUCCCGGUCGCUCUGGGCUCCCUCCCCCUUGACUUCUGGAGCUCUCCUCUCCCCGCCGCCCAGACGACCCGGCCAGUCCCUCUCCCCAAACCCCAGCUGGGUGUGCGAGUCUUGUGCUGUUCUCAGAGUAUCACUGGGGCCCAGGGUACCCAGAAAUGUAGCAUAAGGAGCUCCGACUCUCAGGGUACACCUCACCUCAGCAGCCUCCUCCUCCUGCCUCCAGACUAGGUCUUCCCCGGCAGUGCCAGAGACUGGCCAGUCCUGGGGUGUCUGCUGUCCCUCUAGGGAGGGAGAGGGCUCAGCCUGCACAGGACCCCAAAGGGGCUCCCAAGCAGGCCCUCUCCUCCUCUGCUUUCUAGGAAACCCGUCACUGCUUUAUGUUGGUGGAGAGGGCUUCCUGAGCAGGCAGGAAAAGGCCAGAGACCAGAAGGGCUCAGGCAGGAAAAACAUUACUAGUUCUGCAGAGUGACCCCAGGGUGAUGGGAUGGGUCCCUGUGUCCUCCGGGAACAACCCCCCUCCUCCCCAGGAGGGCGGGGCACCCAUGCCCCAGGCUCUACCACCUGCACUCACCGGAAUCCUUCCCUCCAGCGUCCCGCACCGCGCCUGGCACAGAGGCCCCCAACCAGGGAAGGGACACAUCCGCCUCUAACCUGACAGGGUCUCUAAGUCACUAAAUUCCCCAGGCUGUGUUCAAAGGGAAUCCUCCUGCCUCAGCCUUCUAGCAUGCUGAGAUUACAGAGCUCUGACACCUGGCCCGAGCCAGCCAGUGAGUGCAGAGCCCCUGGAGUGGUGUCCUAGGAGCUCCUGGAAGACCAGAGGACUGAGGCUGAGCCCCCUGCCUGUCUAUCCCAGCUCCCACGUGGCAUUCAGCAAGUGGGUGCCAGCAGCAUGUGACCGGAACAUUGAAGGGAACCAGCCACCAGAGCCCUGCUGUGACAGCACAGGGAUUUAGGAAGGAAAUGGACUUGCUGCGGGGCCCUCCAUGCACAGGACAUGGGGUUCGGUGGAGAGCCCUCAAGCUCUGUGAAAUCUGUUCUGGAGGGUUCAGGCUCCCUGAAACCUGGGCACUGCUGGGCCCUGCAGGGCCUGGGUGUCGCCUGGCUCCCUCCCACCCCUGGAUCUCAACAUUGUGCCCCGUGAAGCUCACAGUGACCCCUGUGGCAGGUGCUGAGAGGGUUCCACUGAGGCUCAGGGGCACGAGCCUAUCAGGCACAGGGACCUGUCUCAGGCAGCCACAGCAGGACUCACAUGAGGCACUGCCGACACACCUUUAUCCCAGGGUAUUGGCUUUCAGGGUGACAGAGGUGUGACCAGGGAGGGAGCCCUGGCCUAGGGUUUCCUUGCAGCCCCCCCCCCUUGCCCCAUGAGGUCAGAGGUGGUGCUGGCCUCUUGGUCACCUGCGUGCAUGCCUGGGCCCAGGAGGGUUAGGCCAUGCGGGGUCCGUGCUUCCUGAACCCACCUCUUGCUGGGGAGCCCCCCUUGCCCACACCCUGAGGCACUGAGCCGGGGCUGCCUGGGUCCGAUGGGGCCCACACCUCAGCCAGCGGCCUUGGGCUCGCUUGGGGACUAACACACGGAGCAGGUCACGCUCGGUCUCUGCACCUCUAAUGAGGUAUUUCCAAUCAUGAAGGUGCGUUUGAAGAAAUAGGAAUCCGUUAAGUGUGCGGGAGCCAGGCCCGCGUGGAACCUGGUGGUUCUAACGAGUGCCAGCGCCAGCUUCCACAUUGGAGAAAUAACAGUUUCUCAUAGAAAUGUGGCAUUUUUAAAGGAGGUUAAUUAAUAAACAGCAGGUAAUUGUUCGUGGCACAUUGUGGCAGAGGGUAAUUUUCAUUUUAGAGGAUGGAAGGGCCAAAUGCCCCUCCCCACUCAGCAUUUUUCUGUAAUAAUCACCUUGGCUUCCCCUCCGCCUUUAAUUUUUACAGCUGGAGCUGUUUAUCAUCACUCCAACUUUCACUAAAAAGGCAAAACUAUCACUUAAACAAAGCCAUUGAAAACUCAGCAUCAUCUGUGGAUUUCUUAACAUAAAUAAAUCAUACAAACCAAGA